AUGGUGGUAUUCACGGAGGAACCCAAGAAUGCGGUGAUUAACCCGAAGCCCACCUAUCCCUCGAUCCUGUGGCACAUGCGGCUGAGCGAUUGGGGCAUCUUGGUCGGACUGACUGGCGCCGGUGUUGCUUGGGGCUACAUGGCUGGCAAGGGUGCUAGGAAAUCGGUGGCAUUGUGCGGUGGUAUCCUUGGCUUCCUGGGCGGUCAUUCCAUAGCUGCCCAGAACUCGGCCCAGCGCCUUCUCGGCCGGAAGCCCAAUGGUCGGCCCAUCUCCUCCGAGCAUUAA